AUGGUGACGGUCCUGAGCCCCCUGUUUUUGCUCUUCAUGCUGGGACUGAGUCUGACCCCACUGACCCUGGCUAAAGAUGACCGCAGAUACAAACACUUCCUGACACAGCACUAUGAUCGCAGUCCAAAGGGCCGGGAUAACAAAUACUGUGAAAUGAUGAUGGAGAAACGACACCUGACCAAACCUUGCAAAGACAUCAACACCUUUGUUCAUGGCAACAAGAAUGACAUCAAGGACAUCUGUAAAGAUAAGAAUGGAAAACCUUACAGAGGCAAUCUCAGAAUAAGCAAGUCUAAAUUCCAGGUUACCAUUUGCAAGCAUAAAGGAGGGUCCACCCGGCCUCCAUGCCAUUACAAAGCCACCAAAGACUACAGAGUCAUCGUUAUCCACUGUGAAAAGGGCUUGCCCGUCCACUUUGAUGAGUCCUUUGUCCCUCCACGCAAGUAG